AUGGCGACCAGAAACGGUGGGGUGUUCGUGCUCGUUGCGCUGUGCGUGUCCGGGCUCGCGCUGCGAGUUGCCGGCGCCAGGGAGCCGCUCAUGCCGGCCAUGUACGUGCUCGGGGACUCCACGGUGGACGUCGGCAACAACAACUUCCUGCCGGACUGCUCGGCCGAGUGCAGGGCCAACUACCCGCGCUACGGCGUCGACUUCCCCACCCACAAGCCCACCGGCCGCUUCAGCAACGGCUACAACCUUGCUGACCAGAUAGCUCAGUUUCUUGGAUUCACCGAGAGCCCACCAGCCUAUGCAUCCCUGCCGCCCGAGAAAAUCCUUGGGCAGAUGAAGACCGGCAUCAACUUCGCAUCAGGAGGGUCAGGACUCCAGGAUCAGACGGGUUUAUUGCAGUGCGGGAGAGUGUACACGAUGACGGACCAGCUGGAGAAGUUCACGUCUGCCGUUCAGAUGAUGGGGAACAGCUCGUACGACCUCAUCUCCAGGUCCCUCGUCUUCGUCAGCGUCGGCAGCAACGACCUGUUCGAGUACGUCGACGGCAACGCCACCCUGUCCCCUAGCCGCAACGACACCGAGUUUCUGGAAGGCCUCGUCGCCACUUACAAGAGCUACCUGCAGGAGCUGUAUGCAGCCGGGGCGAGGAAGUUCAGCAUCGUGAGCCCAUCAAUGGUGGGUUGCUGCCCAACGCAGAGGUUCGCCGGGGCGGCAAAGAAGGACCUGGACGGGUACCGUUGCUUCGGCACGGCCAACGACCUCUCCAGGCAGCUGUACCCCAAGCUACACUCGAUGCUUCAGGACCUGAGCGCCGAUCUCGCCGGCAUGAACUACUCCAUCUGCGACUCGGCCGCCAUGGCCGAGACUGUCCUCAAACACGCCGCCUCACCUACAUUGAGUAAGUCAGCUAACCUGACGGUGCUGGACACGGGGUGCUGCGGCGGCGCCGGGCUGUCCGGGGAUGGCAAGUGCACCAAGUUCGCUUCGGUGUGCCCGAAUCGCGACAACUACCUCUUCUGGGACGGCUUCCACCCAACGCAGGCGGCAUCGGCGGAGGCGGCGUUCGCGCUCGCCACCGACCCAGGGCUCUACGUCCGCCCCAUCAACAUCACGAGGCUGGCGGCGCUCUAG